GGACAGAAUAGUAAAUCCCAAUUGUGAAGCCAUCCUAAACUCCCGACACCCUUUCCUGUUUCUCUCUCAAUCUAGUUUUUCCUCUCUCCGAAAAUCUCCAUCUCCGACUCCAAGCUACAAGACACCAAGUGAGAUCAGAAAAUGCCGGCGGUUGCUCCACGUUCUGGGGAAGCCAUUUUCGCUGGUGCUGAACGAAUUAAUGCGGAGCUAUUCACAUUAACUUAUGGAGCAAUAGUUCGUCAAUUGCUAACGGAUCUUGAAGAGGUUGAUCAGGUUAACAAGCAGCUUGAUCAAAUGGGUUAUAAUAUUGGUGUACGACUGAUUGAUGAAUUCUUGGCAAAAUCAAAUGUUUCUAGAUGCGUAGACUUCAAAGAAACUGCUGAAGUAAUUGCAAAGGUUGGCUUCAAAAUGUUUCUGGGGGUGAGCGCAACAGUCACUAACUGGGAUGGAGAGGGAACAACAUGCAGCCUUCUCUUGGAGGACAAUCCUUUGGUAGAUUUUGUGGAGCUCCCUGACACUUGCCAAGGCCUUCACUACUGCAAUGUUCUAAAUGGGGUCAUCAGAGGAGCACUGGAGAUGGUGUCAAUGAAGACUGAAGUGACAUGGGUUCGUGAUAUGCUACGUGGGGAUGAUGCAUACGAGCUGCAAGUUAAACUUCUGAAGCAAAUCCCAGAAGAAUAUCCUUACAAGGAUGAUGAGUGACGGUCUAAUUCUUUGAUGCUGUUAUGUAUAUUGACCUCCAAUUGUACUCUGGACAACUCCCCUUUUUACACAUUCGAGCUCUGAGAAGCUGAAUUGCAAUAGGUUCACUCUGCAUUCUGAGCUUAAUUAGCAUGUGGUAGCUAUUGGUAAUGUAAAUGAGUGUAACAGGAAUACAGGAUGGUCUUUCUGUAUUUUAUACAGUUUCAUUUUUGCACACUCUUGCAUUGAUU